GUUUCAAGGCUGCUGCGUUGCGCCACUGUGGACUUGUCGUUUUGGCCGUUUGGAUUAUAGUAAUCGUGUACACUCUAAGUCUGUCGGAUGACCGACAGGAAAGCACAGGAUGUUGAUGGAUGUUUUUUAUCAGACGACCAUGGCAUGCGCAUUUCGCAUGAUGGAAAUCCGAACAAAAAUACAUCUUCGGUACCACUUCAAGAUGGGACAGGAAAUAGCGGUGAAGUAAUCCUAGUACGCCAGAAUUCAACUGAGCGAGGUGGCUGGAAUGGGAAAUUGGAAUUCAUGAUGACAUGUAUUGGUUAUGCUGUCGGUUUGGGGAAUGUUUGGCGUUUUCCAUACUUGUGUUUUAAAAAUGGUGGAGGUGCAUUUUUAAUUCCAUAUACAUUAAUGUUAGCAUUACUUGGAUUACCAUUAUUUUUUCUGGAAUUCGCUUUCGGUCAGUUCGCUAGUUUAGGUCCAAUUUCUGUUUGGAAUAUUAGUCCAUUAUUCAAAGGUAUUGGUUACGCUAUGGUAUUUUUAUCAUGGUUAUUAAAUAUCUACUAUCAAGUUAUCGUUGCACAUUGUUUAUAUUAUUUUGGUGUUAGUUUUACACAUACAUUACCUUGGACAGAAUGUAAUCCUCCCUGGAGUACACCUGAUUGUAUCGAUUCAAACAGAAUAAAUUACAGUAACAUCACAUAUCCUAAAACACCAUCAGAAGAUUAUUAUUUUAAUCAAGUUCUUAAAUUAUCACCUGGUUUCGAAGAGUUCGGUGCACCAGGUUGGGAGUUAUCUUUAUGCCUUUUAUGUUGUUGGAUUUUGUGUGGACUAGCGGUUAUUAAAGGUGUCCAGUCUCUUGGCAAAGUUUCUUACUUCACAAGUGUAUUUCCAUAUAUCAUGUUAACAAUUCUUCUCAUACGAGGAGCGCUUCUCCCAGGCUCAGGAGCAGGUGUACUUUAUUAUUUAACACCUGAUUUUUCACGAUUAACAGAUCCCCAAGUAUGGGCUGAUGCUGCUACACAGAUAUUUUUCUCUUUGGGCUGUUGCAACGGUGGUUUAAUAACUGUGUCAAGUUAUAAUAAAUUUAAGAAUAACUGUUGUAGAGAUGCUGUCAUUGUGGCAAUCAUUAAUUGUGCAACUUCUGUCUAUGCUGGUUUUGUGAUAUUUUCUAAUUUGGGUUUUAUGGCUUAUCAAAAAAAUACAACAAUUUCUGAAGUUGCAUCCAGCGGUCCUGGACUUGCUUUCAUUGUAUAUCCUGAAGCAAUGACAAAUAUGCCACUUUCUAGUUUAUGGUCGGUUUUAUUCUUCACAAUGAUGUUAACACUUGGUUUCGGUUCACAGUUCUCUAUAUUGGAGACGACUCUUUCUGGUAUACAGGAUGAAUUCAGACGAUUAGGUGUUCAUCUAACUGAAAGACGUAAAAUUGCGUUCCGGAUAUCAGUAUGUUGUUUGAAUUUUUUCAUGGGAUUGCCAAUGGUUUGUGCUGGUGGAUAUUAUCUUGUAACAAUAUAUGACAGUGUAAUGAGUGGUUAUGCUCCAUUAAUUGUUGCACUAAGUGAAACGGUCGUCAUUACAUAUGUAUAUGGUUUAAGACAAUUUCGAUGCGAUAUUGAAUUGAUGAUAAAUGAACGACCUAAUUGGUAUUGGCGUAUUUGUUGGCUUGUAAUUACACCAACUAUUUGUCUUUUACUAAUUAUUUCUGUAUUAACAAAUCGGAUUGAAUUAAAAGAGAAGAAUUAUUCUUUCCCACCUUGGGCAUAUGUAUUAUACCAAUCACUAUCUGCUGGGACUGUAUUAUUAAUCGUUGGUUGGUUUAUUUAUAAAUACUGCAGUGAAGGUGGUUUUCUAUUAUUAAAAGAAUUCCUAAAACCUGUACAUGAAUGGGGACCAGCCGAUAAACAACAUCGCGCUGAAUUUAUAUCAAUGAUUAAAUCUAACGAGUCACGUAUUAAUGAAGCUGGUGGCAAUCUUUAUACAUCAGCGAUUGGUGGACCAACUACCAUAGAAGGCAGUCAAUUACAAUUAGGUUAUGGAUUAAAUAGUUCACUUAAAAGUGGUCUGGCUGCUGCUGGUGUUAUAGAUGAUACUAAAUUCUUUCAAAGUAAAUUAAAUGUUGCUGAAAAACUUACACAUGCUCAUACAAAAGAAGUAGUAAAACGAGUCGUCAGCAAUGCAGAUAUUAAUCCAGCCAACGCUGCUGCAUUAUUGUCAGCAAGUCAAACAAUGCGAAAAGUUACUUCAGGAUUGACCUGCGUGAGCAGUUGAAUAAAUGAUAAGGAGUGAAGUCUUUGGAUGCAUCAGACGCGUCGCUUGUAUUAGGAGUCUCAUCAGUCCUGGUGUUCUCGUGUCUGACGAAAUUUUGGCACUGAUUCAAAAGGCUCUAUCGGGUCUUGCCGAAUUGCGUCACUUGUGGAGUAGUCGAGAUGUCCGUCUCAGAACCAAAGACAAGUUCACUGCGCUGCAAUUUACCCCAAUCUACUUUUUGGAUGAGAAACUGAGUAAUCUAUGUCUGGGCUAGGAGUAAGGUACGGCGAGACUAUAGUUUAUGAAUGACCUUUGAAGGGAUCCCAAAUGACCUUGAAAAUGUUAGCCACUCAGGAAACAGUAUAGAGUAAAAAUUUAUUAUACAAAACGAAAGAAUUCAAAUGGGUAUACGUCGUUUACAUGAUUCAAAGACUUGUCAAGAUUAGAAAGAGAUUCAGAGGUUCUAAAAUCUUAAUGCACACGGUAGAGGAACUCAUCCAUAUGGCCCCAGAAUAGUCGGCCUCUGGAGCCAUGAUAUUGUCGCAAAACUCUUUCAGCCCC